GAGAUCAGCAUCAGAUUUUUUCAGUGAGGAAUCUUUUCGUUUGAGAUCAACGUUUACUAAUUUCAGGUUGAUGUUAUGGUAACUCUGGUUUUCAUCGUAGUGAGCUGAUGACGUCUGGCUCUGGCUGUCUGUCUGACGUCUGAUUGUUUUGGUUGUGAUUAUCCUUCGCACAAAGUAAAUUCUCGACUUUUCAUACACAAUAUUAUUAUAGUGAUCUUGUUAAAUCAUGAUUUAUUAAAUCCAUCAGUGAAAUUCGGCUUAGUGCACUUUGUUUUCAAUUUUAAAUGAAUGUGUAAAACUCUUAUCUGGAAGUUUGCCUGAAUUUUUUUUUAACAUCUACUUGGCUGUAUCAAGGAUCGAGUCUUCUGAUAAUUAAAAUAAGGAUGCGUAAGUCGGAGACGACGGCGGACAGUCACUCGACGUGUUCGUCAGGAGCGUCUGCGUCGGCGUCGGCGUCUCGCAACAAACGAGGCCUGGCGCGAUUCUCGCUGCGACGUCUGCUCUACUCCAGUCCGCUGCUGGCCAGGCGGAUUCGCGCCGCUGCCACUGGGGGACCAUCCCGGGCCACUUUCUGUCAGACAGCUGGGGCACGAGAUGCAAAAGCCGGCCAAUCACGUGAUAUGGAGAAAGGCGAUUUGCCUCGUAGCUCUAGCAAAGCGUCUGUCGCAAAGAGUGAGAGCGGUGAUGUGGGUGGCCUGGUGGAGUGUCCACUGUGCUUGGCCGAGCUGCCGUCAGAGUACUUCCCUCGGCUGUGCACCUGUCCGCACCGGUCCUGCUACGACUGCUUCCAGCAGUAUCUGCGCAUCGAGAUAUCUGAGUCCAGGAUAGGAGUCGCUUGUCCUGAGUGCUCUGAGCCUAUGCACCCCAACGAUAUAAGGAUGAUAUUGAAUGACAAGACGCAAUAUGAGAAAUAUGAAGACUUCAUGGUGCGCAGAGUGUUGGCAGUUGACCCUGACACGCGUUGGUGUCCGGCACCCGACUGCAGCUAUGCAGUAAUAGCAGCAGGUUGCGCGAGCUGCCCGAAGAUCAGGUGCGAGAGAGAGGGCUGCGACUCGUACUUCUGCUACCACUGCAAGGCCGGCUGGCACCCCAACCAGACGUGCGACGCGGCGCGCGCCCAGCGAUCGCCCAACGUACGCUCGUCGUCCAUCUCCUUCAGCCAGGACUCGCAACACAGAGAUGACAUCAAACCAUGCCCGAGAUGUCAGGUGCUGAUAGUGAAGAUGGAUGACGGUUCGUGCAACCACAUGACUUGUGCCGUUUGUGGGGCUGAGUUCUGUUGGCUCUGCAUGAAAGAAAUCAGUGAUCUCCAUUAUUUGAGCCCGUCGGGAUGCACGUUCUGGGGUAAAAAGCCGUGGUCGAGGAAAAAGAAGAUUCUGUGGCAGUUGGGCACAUUGGUUGGCGCUCCUGUUGGCAUAGGCCUAGUGGCCGGCAUUGCUGUACCUGCAAUCAUCAUUGGAAUACCAGUAUGGGUUGGACGCAAGCUGUACACACGCUACGAACAUGCAAACAAGCACAAAAGGAAUCUGGCGAUUAUCAGUGGAGUCACAGCUUCGGUGCUGAUCUCGCCGGUGUUGGCAGGCCUGGCGGUGGGCAUCGGAGUGCCGAUCCUGCUGUUCUACGUGUAUGGCGUGGUGCCGGUGUCGCUGUGCCGGUCGGGCGGGUGCGGCGUCUCCACCUCCAGCGCCGGCGUGCGAUUCGAGUUCGACGACGAAAACGAAAUCAUGACAGUCAUGGCCAACAAACCUAACGAUGGUGACACAGUGAGCCACCCGGGAGGCAACCCGAGCAUAGGGGAGGUGUCGCUGUCGCUGGGCAGUGGCAGUCAGCUGGGCGAGAGGGACGCCGAUCGCGAAUCCGCCAGUCUGGCCGGCCUCACCGGAAGCAUAGCUGGUGCAAACAGACUGGACGUGCAAGCAGAGGUGGCGUCGAGUCAGCGACUGAGCAUGAGCAGUGAGACGGCGUCGGCGACCACCUCGCUCUCUCUCUCCGAGGACAAGUCACUGGCCGACGAUGGAGCAGCCUCUACUCGUGCCCUCGCCGGAUCUGUCCUUAACUUCAAGAUAGACAACGGCUCACUUUCCAACUACCGCACGGCGACGGGGAGCAGCAGCACAGAGGGGGGAGGGGCUACCCCCACCCCAUGCGCAGGAGACUUGCGCAAUGAUCCACUCGAGGCAUCACUCAGCUCACUCGAGGAACUCGCCUCAGGACUCAUGCGUCGAGUGGCGAGGAGGCGCUUGCCGCUUGAUAGACAGACAAGUGAUAGCGGUGACGAGGUUGGACUGGAGAGAGUUCGAUUUGACGAUAAUGUCAGUUUCAUAGACGCCGAAAGAGGACACUGCAAAUCUACCAGAAAGCAUAAUAGCAGUACUGAGCCCAGUGCUAGUGGAGCUAAUUCAUCAAGGACUGUCUCUUCAUUACGCUCGCUGUUCUUUCAUCAGCUGGCCGAAUCGCGCUCCAAUGCCGGAAGUAAUCAGGCGGCUGACGUCAUCACUUCCGGAGCACCGGCCACUUCCGGUCUGCCCGCCAUCCUGGAACCCAGCUCGCUGUCAGCCGACGCAGUCGUCAUAUCUAUUCCGCAGGCCUGAUUCCACCCCCGCCCCGUGUCCAUCACGCUGCGUAUGCCCGCCAAACCCAAGUUGGGCUUCGGAAAUUGAAAUUUCAUCACCACUUAUUAUUACUGUAUACAUAGUGAGAUUCACUUGCAACUAUCAGCAUGGAUUGAAUGAAUGCGUCGGUGUUAUUCAUGAAACAAAUUCUAUCAGUAAAGUGAAUCUUACUAUAACAAUAUACGGGGAUGGAAUUUUCAUUCUGUGCAGCAGUGAAGCAGUGAUAUUGGGGCAGAUAAAUACGUCAGACAUUCUAUAUUACAGUUUAAGUUAAUGAAUGCUUUCUAUUCUAAAUAAUAUUAUGUCAUCAUAAACAAAAUGUCAGGACAUUUCAUAUAGGAAGUAUAUGAAUGAUUUAAUAUCAUUAUAAAUAGGACAUGAUUCUCAUUUUGUGAAGCAGUGAAGAUGACUUUAUGAUGGCAUAUGUGUCACACAUUUUUCUUCGAAAGCUGAUGAACGUUUAAAUAUCAUAUUAACAUGAUUAUAGUGCUGGGCAAAAAUACAGAACACCGUAAAUCAUUAUUCGAUUAAUGAAAGUUGAUAAAUGCUUUGAAUAUUAUUAACAAUUUUACUAUUCAAGAAAAAUUAACUUGCUUGUUGUGAAGCAGUGAACGUGAGUGAUAUUGAGGCAGAUCAUUUAAUACAUUUCAUAUUGAUGUUGAUGAACGCUAUUGAUAUUAGAACGCUAUUACAAUAUGGGACGUUAUUUUCUCAACUUCAUCACUGAAAAUUGGUCUACUUUUGUAUAGGUUUCUCCAGUCUUAUGUUGCAUGUAAUUUUGUCAAAAUUUAUAUUUAUAUUAGUAUAUUUUGUUUUCAACUAUCAAAUUAUCCUCUAUCAAACGUUUCGUCUUACGUAGUUCGUUUCGAAUUAUUUUUCUGAUAAGUUCUAUUCAUUAUUGUAGGCAACAUUUGACUUAUAAACUACCAGAAUAUUUUUCGAAUGUAUAUGCAAUGUUUUCUUAAUUGGACUCUUAUUAAAAACAGGAUAUUAUUCAAGAAUCGUUGAUCUUCUAACUAUAUCUUUAUAAUUCAGUAUCUCACCGAAUUCAUGUUAUGACUUCAUACUUUGCAGAGAAUUUAUUGUCAUAAUAUCUAUACCUGUGAUAUACUUAUAUACCUCCCCCUCCUAUAUCUCCCCAAUGCUCCCCCUCCUUAGCAAACAAUACAUGUCUAAUUAAUAUUUAAUCAAUGUCAAGCACAGAUUUCCAAACGCUUUAUCAAGACUAAUAAUAGAUAAUUAAUUGCAUGUUAAUAUUAUAUAAAAUAAAUUUAAACGCGUGAAAAUAAAAAUUCUAACGAAGUACUUCUAAUAAAUAUUAUAAAUACAACUAAGCUUUUCUUAAUGUAUCGUUGAUAUGAUUAUUGUCAAAAGACUGUGAUGUAUAUUUCUAUUGAAACUUGUAAGUUUGAGUGUAUUCAUAACAGAUCAUGCUCAGCUGUCUAUUAUCUGUAGUUCUGCAGUUAAAAAAAUGAUAUAUAACCUAUUCAACUUAAUUAUUAUACCUAUUUAUUAAUAUGUAUUUAAUUAAUAUAAAAUAUUAAAAUCACAUGUAUUGCUACAUUCAUUAUCAUCUUAUCAUUCAUGAUUCAAAUAAGCGAUACAGUCAAUUUAAAAGUUACCAUGGAGUUAAAUCAGACUAAUUAAGUUUAAUUGUAUUUGAAUUAUGAUUUACAACUGUAUUAAUGAUCAUACUCUUGCACUGUCCUAGACAAUGAAUUGAGAAAGACUAGAAAUUGCCAAAUACUAUAAUAUACUUCUAGUCUUCAAACAAUGCUGUUGAAUGUUCAUUUUAUUUUCACAUUUCUACUCAAAUUUCUACAGUUUUUAAUGUGAAGUUUUUAUUCUUAUAAUGAUACUUCCAUUUUUAUAAAUCUAUAUUAUUAUCGAUUUAUCGUGGAGUUCACUACAAAGAAGGUAGAUUAGUAGGCUAUGGCAGAUCAUUUUGUCAAAUACCGUACUGCCAUUCAUUUCAUUAAUUGAAUAACAGUCACACUUGAUUGUGUUACGUAAUUUUAUUAUUUUAUAAAUGCCAGUUCAAUGUGUGAGAGAAUAUUAUUAUAAAAGCUAAUCCUUGACAUUCAGUCUUAAGCUAAUUUAUUAUUUUCAUCAUUCUAAACAGAAAACUGUAUUUAGUACAGUUUUCAUGGUAAUUUCAUAGCAAAAUACUUGUUUUUAGAAAAAGAAUUAAAUGAUAAAUUAUAUUUCAAUGUUUUUCCUGCAUGAAGAAUGACUUUUCAUCUUUCAACAUGAAACCUUUCAACGAAAAUAAUUUAUUAUUUCGUUUUGUACUAAAAAUGUAAGGAAAGUUGUAAACCCUUAAAACGCAUGAUUUAUAUUGAUAAUGAAAGUUUUAUUUUUCUAUCAAAUAUAAAAAUUAUUAAACAUGAUAAUAAUAAUACUGUAACAAUAUUACCCAUCUUUAAUCAGUUAGGUAACAAUUGAUCGAUUCAUGACUAUUGUAGGUAAGGUAGGUACUGACCUCUUUGAUAAAAAUUAUUCGUGGGAAAAUAGAUGUCAUAUUUAAUUCAAUGUUUUGUAAAAUUUUUGGGAAUACAAAAACUGUAGACUUGAGAUAUACUUUACUUUUCUUGAAUAGGAAUAAUAAUUAAUAUCCAUGUUGCAUGAAUUUCCAUGUACAUACCAUACCCUUGAAAUAUGUUUAUGAUAAAUCAAUUUAAAAAACCGAAUAAUAAAAAACCGUUAAUUUCAAAUAAUUGAAUAUUCUAAAUAAAUUUUUAAAUUCUAAAAUUUCAGCAUUCUUAGAAACAGAAAAUUGAAUGAAUUUGAUUAACCCGAUUUGACGUUCUUUCCACAUACCUACGAGAUAAACAUUAGGUACAGUAACGUUUCUUAUGAUGAUGAGAAAUAAACUUCAAUUUCAUGUAUGCUUCAUCCAAUUUCAUAAAAAACAAUUUUUAAAUCAUAAUAAUUAUUACUGUAAUAAAUCUAAAAUUGUCAAAACAAUUUUUUUUAUUUGAAAAGAAUAAAUACAUAAAUUAUUAUUUAUGACGUUUAGAGAAUUAUAAAUUUUUCAUUGGACUCUAAAAAUACAGUGGUGGGCGCUAAUAAUAUGUUUUUAAAGUAAGUUAUUGAUUUUUCAAAUUCCAAACUGAUAAAUACUAAGUUGGAUAAUAUAGCAAUACUUUGUCGUUAUAUGCAAGAAUGACUUGUUCCUACCUUUUCUGUCCUAAAUAUUAUUUAGACUGAAUUUUAGUCGUUAUUUUCUCCACAUACGGCUCUACAAAGCAACUUUAUCGAUAAUGCCUAUCAAAUAACAUAUUUACCCUUUCCUCUACAAAUGUAUUUAUUCAUACUAGAAACAUCCUAUUUAUUGUAAUGAAUAUGACGGAGAUUUUUGUCUUUGUUUAAUUUGACAAGUCUAUUGAUGGCUAACUAGACUGUAAAUUAAGACGUUAUUGUAAUAAGCUUUAUUUUAUCUGUAAAUCGUGAUUUGAGACUUGAAUUGUUAUAAAAAUGACGACUAAUCGAAGGAGAAAGACAUUUUGACUAAGAACGCAUUACUUGUCUGUUUUUAGAUAGGUUUUCAGCUAUAAAGUUACCUAUUUUUGGACAGUUAUUAGAAUACUUGUGUUCAUUUUAGCAUUUUGCGUGUUAUUAAAAUUCAUAUUGUUAUUCAUAUAGUCGGUGUACAUCUCAUACUCUGGAAAACGAAAUGAUGUUACGAUUGUAAAAAAUUGAAUGUAAGUUUACUCAAUAUUCUGUAGAGAACGUAACUCCAAUGACUGAUUUGACCGUUUAAUAUUAUUGACUUACCUGUACAACUGGCAAAAUAGUAGUUCACAACAAUUAACAACCCAGAUAAGUUCAGUAUUUAUUCACGAAUAGUUUAUUAUUAUUUUUUAAAGAUUUCUCAAUCAAAAUUUUGAAAUAUCAUCAAAAUUGAAGAAUGGAACCAUCAAAAUCAAUUACUAUUUAUGAAAAAUUGUCAUAUUAUGUCAUGUAUUACGCUUAACCAAUAUUGAUCAAGCUAUUAAAAUUGAGAAGCUUUAUAUAUAUAAUGUUUCAAACAAAAUUUCUACUUUCAUGAAAGUCAUCUAAGCAUCCCAAUAUAAAUAAAAUUUUACUUUUUGAUUUGUGAUGAACAGCAUGUACUAUGAAUCUCACAAAAUGUAAAAGUAUGUAAGUUAUGUUUGUAAAUUAUUAUCGUUCUACAUCAUCAAUCUAAUUUUGUAAAUAUAUCAAUUGUAAUUUAUAUUUUUCCUUCAUUAAAUUUUUGAAUAGA